AUAAUACCUGAACUCCAUAGCCGAUGUAAACUGUAAAUGAGUAGGUCAUGGCGCUUUCAGGGUUUAGGGCUUUCGGCAGCCGCGCCAUUACCCAAACCAUAACCUCUGCGCAAUAUCGCCACCUCCACCGCUUUCUAUCCUCCGCCGCCUCCACUACCACUUCCGGCGGUUCUGGCGUCUCAGUGGCGGUAAAAAAGGUGACUUUGUCCAACUUUUGUUCGGUUCUCGAUGACCUGCGAAUCCGAAUCCGGGAGGCGGAUUUCGUUGCCAUCGAUCUGGAGAUGACGGGUGUAACUAGCGCGCCGUGGCGUGAUUCGUUCGAGUUUGAUCGCUCGGACGUGCGGUAUCUCAAGGUGAAGGAUUCCGCCGAGAAGUUUGCUGUUGUCCAGUUUGGUCUUUGCACUUUUCGGUGGGAUGCUUGCCAGGGCUCCUUCAUCGCCCACCCGCUUAACUUUUAUAUAUUUCCUCGAAAAGUGCUGUCAGUUGAAGGGCCAACUGAUGAAUUUCUUUGCCAGACAACUUCAAUAAGUUUUCUAGCUAAAUACCAGUUUGAUUUCAAUGCUUGCAUACAUGAAGGAAUCUCUUAUUUAUCUAAAACACAAGAAGAAGAGGCUCUACAGAACCUGUGCUCGGCUUAUGAGAAUGCUUUGCUUGGUUUCUCAAGCGAGUCUGAAGAAUACGUUGAAAUACCCGCAGUGCGGACUGCAGAUGUUUUUUUUACAGAAAGGAUGAAAAUUAGAUUUCAUGAAUGGCGUGAGAAUGUGUUGAAAUAUCCAGAAGAUCCUAUUUUAGAAGGAAACGAUUGUGGCCACAAUGUGGACUUUCAGAUGGUUUUCUUCAAAAUGCACCCAGCUAUAAUGUUGAAUGGAUUCACCUUCCACCAGCUUAAGCUGAUUCAACUGGUUUUAAGAAAAUACUUCAAGGACCUCCUGUAUUUAUGUGUAAGUGGUGAAAAUUGUUCUUCACAGAAGCUAGUAGUUUACACGGAUUCUGAGGAGGAUAGGGCAUCUCUUAGUACGAAAUUGAAAAUGAAAGGUGAAGUUUGUUUUUAUACUCAAAUGCUGAACGUUUUUGCCAAUUUUGAUGGAUAUUAUUAGUAAAGAAGAAUUGCAACUUUCCAUGUUUCUUUUAUUAUUGGUCCUCUUCCUUCGUCGAUGGAGGAAUUUGCUUUAUCAGUCAACAAGAUACUUCCCCACAUUAUCGACACCAAGCACCUCAUAAGUUCUAACAAUUUUAUUCAGUAUUUGAUGAAGAAGAAAAAGAAAUCAUUGUCAUCUGCCUUCUCUCUUUUGUGCCCACAACUAUCUUCCACAUCUCAGAAUUUGGCUUCUACUCGUUCAUUUGUUAAAGUCGAUGUUCAAGCUGAUGAACUGGGAUCAUCUUCCUGGAAUUCAGGUGCAAAGCAUGAAGCUGGAUUUGAUGCUUUUAUGACCGGAUGUGUCUUUGCUCAAGCUUGCAGUCAUUUAGGUAUCAAAUUCGAGCAGGACUCGUCGAUAAUGGAUCUGGCAAGGAAUGAUAAUCUGAAGAGCUACAUCAAUAUCUUGUACCCUAGUUGGAACAGUGGAACAGUAAUCGACUUAAGAACAGGUUCAGAGAGCCCAGUUUCAUCUUACAAACGCAAAUAUCUAAAAAUAGAAUAUGCAAACAUUGCCCUUAUCUGGGGUUUCUCAUCUAAGCUUAAACCAAAUGAUAUUGAGGAAUGCUUGUGCAAGGUGUUUGGCACAGCUUCUUUGAUCUCUGUGUUUUUUCUUGAUAGAACUGCAGCUCUUAUUCAGUUUAACAAAAUGGAGCUGGUGAAUGAUUUUUUGGUAUUGAAGGACAUGCUGGAGAAAGACGAUGGGCCGGUAUCGGUUUUGCAUCCCCUUGCAAAGCUAUUGGAAGGCGGCAACACUCGUGCCGCUGAUUACGAUACUUACAGGGACAUUUGUAGCUCAUCGGCGUCGACGUCGAAGAUUUUGUUUGCGGACCAGGCAGAAGCAAUUGGGAUCAGAUGGAAGACUAAGAUUAGGCCUGCUUGCAAGGAGACCAGUGAGUUAGAUGUGCUUAAAGAUUCAGUAUCAGAACAUCAAAGUAAUAAAAAUGAUUCAGAGAAGCAAAGUCAACAUCAAUUUUCUUUUGAAGAAAUGCUGAAUUCUUUAUAAGCUCCUGUUAAGAGUAUUGAACAUUCUACAACAGUAAGAGUUUUCCUGCAGGUAUUUUUUUAAUGAUCAUUAGUACAUAAUCUUUUAAGAGUAUUGAAGCUCAACUUAGCAUUCAAACUUUAUUUUCCAUUAAACAGGCUUCAAGUUAAAGGCAUAGCCACUUUGGAUUCA